AUGCGUACUGGUACCGUUCUUGCCGCGCUUGCUGCUGCUGCGUCUACCGCUCAUGCACAUGCUACUUUCCAAUACCUCUGGGUCAACGGUGUUGAUCAAGGCAACAAGUACGUUCGCCCGCCUGCGAACAACAGCCCUAUCACCGACCUUUCCUCCAAGACUCUGGCUUGCAACAACAAUGGUGAAGUUGCUGCAGCAGCAACCUUAACUGUAGCUGCUGGCGCAAAGGUUGCCGUCGAAAUGCAUCAACAGCCUGGUGACCGAAGCUGCGCGACCGAGGCCAUCGGUGGCAACCACGACGGUCCUACCAUCAUCUACAUGGCCAAGGUCGACAACGCGGCCACAGCUGUUGGCUCUGAUGCCAACUGGUUCAAGGUUGCUCAGACCGGCCUCGUUAGCAAGGACUACUGGGGAACAGACGUCAUGAACGCCAACUGUGGCAAAGUCGAAUUCACCAUUCCCUCUGACAUCCCUGCUGGAAACUACCUGAUCCGUGCCGAAGUCGUCGCCUUGCACGUCGCUUCGUCUGUUGGAGGUGCCCAGUUGUACAUGUCGUGCUACCAGAUCAACGUCACCGGGGGUGGAUCUGCCAGCCCUGCGACUGUCAAGUUCCCCGGUGCUUACUCUCCUACCGACCCUGGUAUCCUCUUCGAUCUCUACGGAGGUUACACUUCCUAUACCAUCCCUGGACCUGCUGUCUACACCGCAGGAGGCUCCUCAGGCGGAGGAGGAUCUCCCGUAACCACCACCCGCCCUGCCACUACUACUGCUGCCACCAGCGCAGCCCCCACUACUACUGCUACCGGCCCUCUUAUCCCCAAGUAUGGUCAAUGUGGUGGCCAAGGCUGGACUGGUGGAACCACUUGCGUUGCAGGCUCUACUUGCAGCAAGCUCAACGACUACUACUCCCAAUGCACUUAA